GAGGAGAAAGAGUGGGUGGGAGACAGAGAAAGAGAGAGAAACACAUAGAGGAAAGAGGGAAAGAGAAGAAAGUGUCCUUUACACGGGUGGAUUUUUCCAGAGCACCGAUGUUGGAACACUCUUCUGAGCUGGCUCUGGUGCAGAGUUUGUAUGCCAACAGCAUGCGCUGUCCCCCCUCUGCGGCUGGGAUCUCUGUCAGGAAUGAGGACCUGCCUAUGAGCAACGGCAGCAAGAUGAACGGGUCGCUGGAGCAUUUGGACCAGCCAGACCCAGACUCCAUCAAGAUGUUUGUGGGACAGAUUCCACGCUCCUGGUCAGAAACGGAACUUAAGGAACUUUUUGAGCCUUUUGGAGCUGUGCACCAGAUCAACAUCCUCCGUGAUCGCACCCAGAAUCCCCCUCAAAGCAAAGGAUGCUGUUUUGUAACUUUUUAUACAAGAAAAGCUGCACUGGAGGCCCAGAAUGCACUGCACAACAUAAAGACCUUAAGUGGGAUGCAUCAUCCUAUCCAGAUGAAACCCGCAGACAGUGAGAAAACAAGUGCUGUUCUUUUUUGUCAUCCCUCUGCAGCGGUCGAGGACAGAAAACUCUUCAUCGGUAUGGUUUCAAAGAAAUACGGCGAGAACGAGAUCAGGAUGAUGUUCUCGUCUUUCGGACAAAUCGAAGAGUGCCGAAUCCUCCGGGGACCAGAUGGUCAAAGUAGAGGCUGUGCGUUUGUCACAUUUGCUACCAGGGCAAUGGCACAGAAUGCAAUCAAAACCAUGCAUCACUCUCAGACUAUGGAGGGCUGUUCCUCACCUUUGGUGGCGAAGUUUGCUGACACACAGAGAGAUAAGGAGCAGCGACGCCUGCAGCAGCAGCUUGUACAGCAGAUUCAGCAGCUCAACAAUGCCUCCACCUGGGGAAACCUGGCUGGUCUGGGGACCCUUACACCGCAGUACCUGGCUUUGCUCCAGCAGGCCACGUCUACCAGUAACCAAGGCAGUUUCAAUAGUAUCCAGAGACUAGGAGCUGGUGUGAAUCCCCUACAACUGCAGAACUUGGCCACACUAGCUGCGGCUGCAGCUCAGAGCACCGGCAGCCCGAAUUCCGCCAAUGCCCUGUCUAACAGUGGAGCUCUGGGAGCUCUGGGCAGUCCAGCUGGUUCAGCGUUGGGCUCCAGUGCCAGUGCCGCCAUGAACACCUUGGCAUCUCUGGGCACCCUGCAGGGUCUCACUGGGACCUCUAUGGGCCUCAACAACCUUAACGCUCUAACCAGCAGCGUCGGUGGUAUGGGGGCCAUGAAUGGAGGCCUGGGCGCUUCCAUGGGCAAUGGGUCGGCAGCCAGCUCCAUGGACGCUCUGACCCAGGCCUACUCAGGGAUGCAGCAGUACACUGCCUCCGCCCUGCCCUCCCUCUACAGCCAGUCUCUCCUGCAGCAGAGCAUUGCUGGCGGCCAGAAGGAAGUAGGGCCAGAGGGUGCCAACCUGUUCAUCUACCACCUGCCCCAGGAGUUUGGGGACCAGGAUCUCCUGCAGAUGUUCAUGCCUUUUGGAAACGUGGUCUCUGCCAAAGUCUUCAUUGACAAACAGACCAAUCUGAGCAAGUGCUUUGGGUUCGUCAGCUAUGACAAUCCUGUGUCUGCGCAGGCUGCCAUCCAGGCAAUGAAUGGUUUCCAGAUUGGAAUGAAGAGGCUGAAGGUUCAGCUGAAGCGUUCCAAGAAUGACAGCAAGCCCUACUGAUCCUCGCCCCGGGGCCUUCCCCACUCCCCAGCUCUAAUGCUAGCACUGCUAGGGUAAGUUCAUCCUCCAGCCAAGGUCACCACAGCAGAGACUCAGUGGGGCGGGGGGAAAGGAGCCCACCACAGGAGGGGGAGACUUACCCUAUUAUUUAAAAAAUAGAGAAUAUGGUUGCAAUGAUCGUUCCACAUUUUCCUGUAUUUCAUUCCUGCAGUUUUCUCAUGUAAUUUGAGUCUGAUUAAAUAUUUUAAUGUGUAUGAUUAUUUAUGACUAUCACUGGAGUCAGUGUUCGCUGGAGGUAUUUUGUGUCACUGUAUUUAGUGGAGAGCAUCAGAUGUGUUUCCAUGCCAUUUCAUUGCCUUCAGGUCAAGUUAGACAGGUUGACUAAGGAUCAGGUGUUGUGUUGAAGGGCUGCAGCCAAGGGCCACGUGGCGUUAACCCCCGAGCCCAGAGCUUCAACCUGUUUGGCGUUUUGCAUAUAGUCUGUCUCGUUCGUCUGCGUCAUUCCUAGCGUGAAAAUCAUUUCCACUCCGUUCUUCAACCUCUGUGCCCCAUCUAUCGCUCACUCUUUCGUUCCCCUCUCUGUCGUAUCAUUAUCUAAGCCAUGUUGAGCUAGGCUACCUCUCUAUCUCUCUAUUAACAACUUCUUCAGUCAUUCCAUCCAUCCUCCAAGUCUCCCACAAAGGGACUGGCUCUAGAUGGAUCUCUUUGGGUGCCAAGUAUAGAGUUUGUGCAUGUUGGAGUCUCUGCCAUGUGUCCUGGUGGUGUCUCUUCCUUAAAUCUGUGUAUUGUUUUUGUGUUGGUAGGGGUGGGGGGGGGGGGUUGUUUACCGCACUGUCCGUUACUGUAUGUGGUGAUUGGCAUUGUUUUUGUUGGUUUUGUGCCUCAUGGCUAAACGAUUCUUGUGCCGUGCCUCUAACUUUCUCUUCUCCCCUCUUUGUCUCCUCUCUCUCUGUCUCCUUUCGUGUUUUUGUCCCCCCACCCCCCCUUUUUUUUUAGAACAAAUCUCCAUGCCUGUUUGCUCAUCAUUAGCCUAGCAUGUCUUCAUGAUGUUGAAAGCCAAGCCAAAAUCCUGGCCUCAUCAUCCCACCAUUGUCUGUGAUGUCUCUCUAAGCUCGCCUGACCAAUACCUGGCCACCCACUGACCCUUGACCUUAGCUCAACCUGAUUUUUCUGCAUGUAUAUUUUUUUGUUGGUUUUUUUCUGUAUAGAAAUGUGACAGGUGGGAGAUAGGUCAAGCAAAUCAAUGUGAAAACGUACCUACGUUGAAUUCAUUUAAGAGACCUAUUUUGUUUUUGCGAAUGUUUUAAAAAAAAAAAAAAAAAAAAAAAAAAAAAACCUGUGGGAUUUCUUAUUUUAAUUUAGCUUUUUUUGUUGGGUUUUGUUGCUUUCUUUCGACCUCUCUCAGUAAACUUCACUUGAAAGUUGAAUACAGGGAUUGGCACAAAGCUGUGCUAUUUGGUGCCAUUAGCAAUAUGUUGGCCUCUAAAGAAAAGAAAAAAAAACAUGCUUCAGACAACUGUCCAACAGUCUGAGCAGAAAAACCCCUCUCAGUGCUCCGUAUAAUGUACUCUACAGUUUGCGGGCAGUGUGAAGAUUUACACCAAGGCUAUUUCAAAAUAUGUUCUUUUCAUUUACAAAAAUAUCCAGUGUAUUUACUUUUAUUUUUUUUUUGAACUAUUGAUGGCACAAUAACAGGUACAUUUGCUCUGUUUAGAGAAAUGACUACCUACAUGAGUCAACUUUUUUAGAACUGAUUCACAAAUAGACAAUCUGUGGUUUAAAUGCACACUUAGAUUACCUAUAUUUUAUACCAUUGAAUCUAUAGAAGUUUAACUAACAGAACCCAGGCAAAACGUUGGGUUUUUUGUAGAUUAUGUUGUAUUGUCAUCUGUGUCGGGGGGUCUUCUGUGUAUUACAUUUUUAAAGAGGACUAAAAAUCAGUUGUAAAAUCAGCGUGGCCAUUUAAGGGUCAUUUCUAGUAGAUGAAAAACACUUUAAGUCAAAGAUUACUCUACAUUAAUUGUAAUUUCAACUUCUAGGGAAAAAUUACUUUUGUUUUUGAAGUGGUCACAUUUGAGUAUGUAGGCAAAUUAAGUUUUUCCUCCUGCGUUUAAGAAAAAUUAAAAGAAAAAAAUUGAGUUCAAUUUCCACGGUACGUCUUGUUGAAUUUCUGUGAACUUCGCAUUAAUGAUUUAAUAAUGGAUGUUUCACUUUGGUUUAGUUUGGAUGCCUCACGUUGAAAAAUGAUUUACAAUGUCUGCUUAUCUUACAGAUGCCAGACGAUGUUUGUUUUAUUUUGUUAAAGUGCCCAUGUGUCAAACUCAGUAUUUUUGAUUUCACACAAUUCUUUCCUGUAAUAUUAUCUGGUUUUUUUAACACACACACACUCAAUCACUGCGACACAACACUUUCUGUCAUUGCAAAUGUGGGAGCCCCUGAAGGAAGAGAUCACUCGGACACAACACACGACCUGUGGGUCUCUGCACAUUUUAGUUUAGACACGCGCACACAUACACUUGCUUUUUGUUUUUUGCUGAAUGUUCUUUUAUGUUACUUCCAGUAUCAUGUUUCAGUAUGCACAGCACAUUAAUACCACUAAAUGGACCACAAUAUUGUUGGUUUACAAAAACAUUCCAUUUUUUUCAGCACAAAGUUUACAAUUAUUUUUACUGGGGUGGUAUUUUGUCUGUUGUACUACAACCCUGGUAAAAUAACAACCACUUCACCCCCUAAGGGAAGGGUUCCCUAAAACUGCGUACCUGAUGGCGCUGAAGAGUUGUCAACUCAGGGGUUUCUUUUGUGUGUGAAAGUAGACACACAGGAUUACGACACAAAUGCACAAUUGUCACGUUUUACUUUUUCAGUUUGGAUUAUUAUUCUUUUUUCUCAAAAUACAUAAAUGUUCCAAAAAAAGUAAUAGAAAGGUACCAAAUUUGAAACAGUGCUUGAGGAAAGUGUAGUUUUGUAAGGAAACGCUAAGCACAAUUGUGGGAACUAAUCACUUUUGCAGAAUGUUGUGAUUACUAUCCCAAAAAUUUCAAGGUACCACUGAUUUCACUUUUUAAUAUGGGCAUGUGCUUUUUACAGUGUUUUUUCUAUCCAAAUGCAAUACAAUAUUCAAAGUGCCAUAUAUACGUCUAGAAACUGCCUACACAUCCUUAUUAGGCCUUGGUUUAGAGAUUGCUGCAGUUCGCCUUUUUGUCUAUUUAUGCCAGUGUCAUUAAAGCUCUUUUGACCUGUUCUAUUUCCCCUUUGCCCCCACCCACUAUGUGUUGAGUUACUGGUAAAUGUGUAUUGUGAUGUACUGAAUUUGAACAGUUGGUUUAAAAAAAAACCGUGUAGAUAUACAAUAAACUUCCCUAUACAUUUAAAGGUUGAGUGUGAACACAUAUUGUACCACUUUGCGAUAUGCAGGCAGUUGGUGACCGGAUGUGUUUAGGAAUGAAAGACGACGACUUGGGAGCCAUGUUAAGAUUAAAAUCGUGUGUGAAACACUCAAAUUAUUGCAGGUCUUUUGCGAUAAGCAGUGUAUGUAGUGUAAGUGUAAGUAUUCCUGUGAAUGAAGAAAAAAAAAAAGAAAAGAAAAAAAAAGCACAAUGUACAGUCCACUGCGGUCCCGACAAGAACUUGACUCACUUCAGGGGCUUCCAUCACAAAUCCUGUUUAAGCUCUAACAAUCACCUUUUCUUCUGUUUUCAUAUUCUGAAGUGCUUCUUUUUUUUGACAGUGUGUGGUAGCUUUGCAUCUCUAUAGAUAUUGUCCAGAUCCAAAAGAAGAGAGAAAAAAAAUCUUUGUUAUUUUCUUGUCUGAUUAUCAGUAGGACUUUGUUCAUGUUUCACCAAUAAUUUAAUAGAUGUUUUUGCUUGAUGAAAGCCAAAGUGGGUGCAUCCUGAUGUGAUCUGUAUCAUACAUACAGUAGUUUUUUUUUCUCUUCAGUCAAUAUAAAUUUUUUUGAAACUGGGUGGGAUUUGAAAAAAGAAAAGAAAAAAGACCUACACAGGCUUUCCAAUUUCUACAACUGGUUGUUCAUAUGUAUUUUGUACCAGUGAAGCUUUUUAUAUUGGAAAUUAAAGAAGAAAAAAAAAUCUAUAUUGGGAAAAAAAUUGUCUGGCCUCUCAAUGUGGCCUCUCCUUGACCAGGUCUCGAGGUCGGCCUCUUGGUGGUGUCAAGCAAUUUUUUUUGGUUUGUUUUUUUGUCUCUAAAAGAUGCCUGAUUUUGGUUUUACUUGGAUCUCUACACGUUGCUCACUUCGUUUAUCGGUUUCGGUGGUGGGGGUGGGGGUGGGGGGGGAUCCAAUAAAUCGUGGUAAGUUUCAUGUAAGUAUUUGUGCUGUCCACUUAGUUAAUUGGUCACCAGGAUUUUUGACAACUUGUGUGGAUAAUUGUCUUAGUUGGAGAGUUAACUAUCUGUUUAGUUUGAGCCUUGCUUUUUACCUGUGUAGAGUUUUCUGUUUUUUCCCCCCCAUAGCGGAGUGUGUAGCCGAAAGACUGUGUUCUUUUUUGGUCAAUGUUUGUUCACGUGUGGUGUGUUUCUUUGCCUCUGUCUCCAAAUUAAACCAUUUCCCCUAA